GGAUCAGCAUGCUCGUAAACAAUGCAGAUCCGACAAAUCUGCAGCAGGAGGACAGCAGUCACUCACAUCAUGUCAGACUGCUCACCUCUGUAGUGGUUUAUGUAGGCCUAAUGCUCGGACUGGUGUCCACUGUGUCGCUGUGUGUUACAGACAGGCUCACACAGGUGGACUAGUCACACAGGUUGGACUGGAAGCCCUUUUGUUCACUACUUCUUGAAGGCGAUGUAGCUUUUUUUGGGAGGGGGGAGUUAUCAUGGAGAUAGUCGCAACUGUAGCGCUUCUACACCUGUGUUUGUGUGCGACAGCGGCAGUUUCGGGUAGUGACUCCACCGAAACGGCCCUGACAGCCGCACCGGGUGACGUCGUUCGACUUCCGUGUUACGACGUCGGUAAUGAAACAGCGACUUUAACGACGUGGAUGAAAAAUGGACGAGAAAUCAUUACAAGUGGCGGUUCUUCGCCUAACCUCUCACCCGCCGGACAGCGCUUCAAAGUGCUGCAUGAUGGGACUCUGAGCAUCAAAGAGGUGAUACCCGGAGAUGAGGGCACCUACAUGUGCAGCUCCACGCUGCCAGGCAACAACACCUUUCACGCACGUGUGCUGCUCCAAGUAACCCGUGGUCCAGAAAAUAUAUCUGCAUCCAUUGGCCCGGCCACUACCCUGUCCAACGGGACGCUCAUCGUCUAUCGGGGUUCUACCGUCUUCUUUAACUGCUCCGGCUCCUCGUACCCCUCUCAGCAGCUGACCUGGGCCUUCAGAGGAGCUUCAUCCAGCAACGAGUCGCUGGUUACAAACUCUGAAGCCUGGCUGGACUUCAGGAUAGAAGACAUUCAGCCCAGGGCUCAGGGAGUUUACAGCUGCAGGGCUAACAACACCGUCACUCAUCAGGCAGCCAAUAAGAGCACAGAGCUGUUAGUAUACUAUGUCCCAGACAGACACCCUGACUGUAUGUGGGCACCAGAAAAUGACACCUCCCACGUCCAAUUUAUCUGCACCUGGUCUGGAGCGUAUCCUCCCCCGACGCUAUGCUGGGGGGAAGACAAGGGUGACCAAGGACCUUGCUGGGAAAAAAUUUUUUAUGCAUCAGAGGUGACGGAAAGCCUGUCAGUGACGCUGAACCGCUCAAUGCUGUCAGAAGGGCAGGUGGUGAGGUGCAUGGCCCAGCACCAAGCACUCGCUCAGGGAAAAGAGAAGUCGUGUUCGUUUACCCUCAAACCUCCGUACCCCGAAGGCGAGCCGCUGGUCACAACUCUAGAGGCGACCAGCCUCACUCUGACCUGCUCUGAGGCCAUGUCCAUCCCCCCUGCAAACACCACGUGGAGAAAAGGGCUCAAGCAGGAGCUAAUUGUUCCCGGAUCCAAGUACGUCCUGUCUGUGGAAGGCCCCGUCUUCAAGCUGACCAUACUCAACAUCAGCAAGGACGACGAAGGCGUCUACUUCUGCCGCAGCGAGAACCCACUCGCCGUCCGCGAGCUGGAAGUGUACCUCACUGUGAAGUCCUCCUCUGCAUACACAGGAGCGAUCAUCGGUGUCUUUAUAGCUGCGCUGAUUGUGGGAUCGGCCGCAAUCGUAGCAAAACUUGCUUACUCCGGCCGACACCGGAUUUGCCUGGGAGAUGGCUUUGGGCAAAUGGAGGACAGUGGAGACGUGCUGAGUCUGGUGGAGUCAGACGACGACGAGCAGAUCUUUCAAGAUGCCGUUCCACGGCUGCCUCCGUUAACCAACGGACACAACACAACGCUCGUCCAGAUACAUCGGAUCCCAUCAAGCGAUCAUGAGGAUGCAGAAACAGCUGACACAAGCCCACAGCAGCAGGAAGAUACUGUACAGAGAGAAGAGCCAGUGGAUCUUUUAACAUUUUAGGUAUUUGGUGUUUUAGAGAGAAGUCUUUUUAUUUUAGGUAAACACUAUUUACUCGCAAUGACAAUGUGAACAGAAUCGGUGGAAGACACAUCAGAUCAGCUCUCUUAAUUUUUUUAAUUAUUUUUUUUUUAAAGAGGGUUUUGAAUUUUUGUAAGCAUAUUUUUAUUAUUGAUUUGUCUGUACAGCAUUUUGAAUAUGUUGCUCUGAUGUUGGAAUGUGUGCAGUAAAUUAAGCUGCUUAAACUAAAUGAGAUGUGACAAUGGCUUUGGUCAUUCAUAACUUAUUGAUUUACGUACAUUCCCUGCACGUAGCAUUUACAGAUUAACUAUGACUAUCGCAGUCUAGAAUGCAACUCUAGACUGGAACCAUUUUAAAAAUGUGGUGGAGUUUUGUCAGUAAGUCUCAUGUGUAAGAUGUAGUGAAGGUUAAAAACAACUAUCACUAAAAUAUCACUAGAGUUUUGACUCCAUAUGUCAAUAUGGAGUCAAAACUCUAGUGAUAUUUUUUAUUGUAUGUCAAUAUCGGUAAUAUAACAACAUUUUGGGUAUGACUUUGAUCUUAGUAAAUAUUUAAACUAUAAUCUGGGAGUGAAAUCACCUAUCAUCUAUAAAUGGUAGCUGUAGCCUAUAAGAGAAGAAAUACGAAAAUGGUCUUACUGUAACACAGUGUCAGACAUGUUUUCCUUUAAGGAUCCCCUUGAGUAGUUUGAGCUGAAUUUAUUAAACAAAUAAUCAAUUACUUGAUCUACAGAAAAUUAUUCAGCAACUAUCAUGAAAACAAUAGUUAGUUGCAGCACUAAAAUUGAUAAAAAAUAUUCCAAGUGGAUGUCAACACUUAAUUCAAAGUGAUCAUUCUUUUCCAAGUAAAAUAUUUAAAGCAAGUAUGCCAUUUUAAUGGCUGCACCAUCACAUCAAAUGGAAAUGUUCUAUGUUUAAAUAAUAAUAAUAAAUAAUCCAUGCAGCACCUUUCAGUGAACUCAAAGACUCUUUAAAACAUAGAGAUAUAUAUUAAAAAUACAAGGCAAUGUCAUUUUCUUUGUUUAGCGCAUUUCACACACAUAGGCAAGUGCUUUCAUAAAAUAAAACAGUAAAAUUAUAAAACAAAACAAAAAAAUAAAUACAAGAUUGGUCAAGAUGUAAGUGCAACAUAAAGAUGUUAAAGGUAGUGGGGAAUACAAUAAUGAUAAUGAUUGAAAGGACAUACUUGGACAUCAUCUUCAUUUUUUUAAAAUAUAUUUUAUAUUUAUAUUUUUUUUAAAUCGUAAUAGGCUAUGCAGCAUUUGUUAGUUUGACAUAUAUGAUUGUUUUUUUUUUUGUACUUGGUUUUGGUUUAAGUAGUUGAAGUUAAACUAAAAUAACAAAGUAACACACUUUUCUGUAAUUCAGUAUGUGAU